AUGAAAUGUCCUGAUGAAGAAUGGCCAAAUGAGAAGAAGGAUCAGUGUUUUCCGAAGUUGGUGGAAUUUCUCUCCUACACUGAUGAUCCAAUUUCUGCAGUAUUUUCAGCUGUCUCCAUCCUCUGUUGUUUUCUGGCUUGUUUAAUAUUAGUGAUAUUUGUACAUUACCAGGACACUCCCAUUGUUAAAGCUAAUAACCGGAACCUGAGUUAUAUUCUCCUGGUCUCCAUCAUGCUGAGCUUCCUCUGUGUCUUCUUGUUCCUCGGACGUCCAGUAGAUGUAACCUGCAUGCUGCGUGUAACCUCUUUUGGGGUCAUCUUCUCAGUUGCUGUCUCUUCUCUACUUGCCAAAAGUAUCAUGGUGUGUGUUGCUUUCAAGGGUACCAAACCUGGGAGUCUCUGGAGGAAAUGGAUGGGAGCCAAACUGCCCAAUUCUAUAAUGUCAGUGUGUUCACUGAUCCAAGUAAUAAUAUGCGUGGCUUGGUUGUCUAUUUCUCCUCCCUUCCAGGACCAAGACUUUCACUCUUAUCAGGGAAAGAUCAUCAUUCAGUGUAAUGAGGGUUCAGUUAUCGGCUUCUACUCUGUCCUGGGAUAUAUGGGGCUUCUGGCAGCUGUGAGUUUUAUUAUAGCUUUUUUAGCCAGGACAUUACCGGACAGUUUUAAUGAGGCCAAGUACAUCACCUUCAGCAUGCUGGUGUUCUGCAGUGUCUGGAUUGCCAUGAUCCCGGCCUAUCUGAGCUCUAAAGGGAAAGACAUGGUGUCUGUGGAGAUUUUUGCUAUAAUGGCAUCAAGUGCUGGACUUCUUGGCUGUAUAUUUUUCCCAAAAUGUUACAUAAUUCUGUUCAGACCCGACCUGAAUACAAAAACAGGUUUGCUUAGAAAUAAAUGAGCUCAAUUUGUCAAUAAACUGUAGGAAUAUUAUUAACAAUUUAGACAAAUGUUGUAUA